AUGUGGCAAGAUAAGGAAACUCCAAUUACUUCAGAAAGUUACUGGAAGUAUUCUUUCCAAUAUUCAGGUUCACAAAAGAAUUGUCGAUAUUUAUCUGUCAAUUCUAAUAGUGUUGUUAUUUCGGGAAGCAGAGAUGGACUUGUUAGAACAUUUUUUGAAGAUUCUUUAAGUGACACACCAACAUUUAAAGAGGGUGAAUUUUAUGGUAAUAAAAAUGGAUUUUCUAAUAUUGCUGUUCAUAGUGUUGCAACACUUUCAUCACCUACAAAUGAAUGGAAUGUUAUAAUUGCUGGAUAUAGAGAUGGAAGUAUAAAAUUUUUUUUGCACAAUCAAGAAAAACCAUUUUUAAACUUACUCGAUCAUUCUGCCGCAGUAUGUUCUUUAAAUAUUGAUCAAGAAAAUGGGUGUCUUGUUAGCGGGGGUUGGGAUCAUAAUGCCUUUGUUUAUCAUCUUACUGAAAACUCUCCAUUACCAAAAUGGGAAAAAAUUUUUGACUUACGUGGACAUACAAUGUCAGUUUGGGAUGGUAGAUCAUUUCCAAAUACUUUAAAUAAGCAAAUUACUGGAUCUGCUGACAAAAGUAUAAAAAUAUGGUUAGAUGGAAUUUGUGUUCAAACAUAUUUAGGUUAUUGUGAUGUUAUUCGUUCUGUUAUUGCUAUUGAUGAUAAAUAUAUUAUUGCUACUGGUAAUGAGCCAAUAAUUUUUGUUUGGCAGAUAGAUUCUCCUGAUAAACCAUUAAAAACUAUAAAAACACAAAGUACAAGUCAUCUAAAUACUAUGGAAAUAAUGAAAAAUCCAUUGAAUAAUGUUACUUACUGUGCAGUUGCUGGUGAAGAAGGUUUUUUUCAAAUUUUUAAUGUUAUUACAAGUUCUGAUGCUUCUGCUAGUUUUAAUCUUUAUUCACUUCUUGAUGGAAAAUUACCUGUAGAAUGUAUUUGGAAAUUAACAUUUAUGCCUCAAGGACCAUUUACUGGAGAUCUUAUUCUUGGGGGUGAAAAUGGGAAAAUGUAUGUUUAUACUUUAACAGAAUCAAGAAUGGCACCAGUAGAAGUUAGAAACAAAUUUCUUAUAGAAUCUACUGAGUUUGCUCAAAUUCAAGAUGCUAUUAGAUCUAAACAAGUGGAUAAUGAAUAUUUUACUUUUGUUAUUGAACCUGAAGCGGGACAAGGACAAUUUGAAUUAAAACAUAAACUUGGAACUGAUCCAAGAGAGACAGUUAAAAACUUUAUUAUCAAAAAUAACAUGAGUUCAUCACAUUAUAAUCAGAUUUUAGAAUUUUUAUGUUCAAAAUGUCCUGAUGCAGCAAAUUAUUUUUCCAGAAAAAAGUUAACAGAUAAUAGUGAUACAGAUGAUAUAAAAAGAGUUAAAGUUUUAUAUGAUGGUAGAGAAUAUGACUAUUGUUUUGAUGUCAGUAUUGGUGAUAAGAAUGUAAAACUUCCUUAUAAUGUUGGAGAGGAUCCUUCUGAAGUUGCAUCUAAUUUUUGUGAAAAAAAUAAUUUGUCUAUUGAAAGUUUAAAAACUUUUACAGAUUUCUUAUACUCUCAAGUACCGGAAUUAAAAAAUUCAGAUUUUAAACAAUUUAAUCAUAAUAUAAAUAGAGUUGAUAGAAAGGAAGUUUCAAGACCAGUUAAUUGUGGACUUCCGAUUACAAAAUUAAUUGAGUUUAAAGAUUUUGAAGGACAUAACAUUGCAAAAAUGGUUGCCCGACUAAAAAGUGGUGGAGAAAAAUAUACGGAAAAUAGUACUUUUGUAACCGAUGAUGAAUAUGAAAUUAUAACAAACUUUUUUGAAACAAGAGAUGCUUCUAAGUUAUUAUUUAAUGAUGGAAAUAUUUUAAAAAAAUUAUUAUUAAGAUCUGGUGAAGAUAUACUUCCGGUUUUACAUUUAAUUUACUUAGCAUUAAACUUUGAAGAAUUGGCUAUAUUUUUAAAAAAUAAGCAACGCAUUACUGAAAUAUACAAAAAUAUACUAUGUGAUGAGUCGACACCCCCAAAUUUUAUAACAAUGGUAUUUAGAGGAUUAGCUAACUCCUGCAAACAUAAGGCAUAUUUAAAUGUUUAUCAAUCAGAAAAGAUGUUUUUUGUUAACAAAGCUUUUUAUUAUGCUACAUCAUCUAAGCAUAUUACUCAAAUAGCAGCGUUAACCUUUAUGUUAAAUUUUGUAACUGCGUCACGUGGGAAUGAUUUUCAAGUUUCUGAAAUUGUUGUUGCUUUAUUGAAGAAAUUUUCUACAAUAGGAGAUUGUUCUCUUUUAUCUCUUCAAGGAGUUGAAUUACUUUUACAAAUAUGGGGAAAUAUGUUAUAUGAUCGUCCUGAUGUCAUUCAAACAUCUUUGAAAAAUGGAGCAAUGAAUGUUAUAAAAAUUUUAAAAGACAGAAGUAGUGAAGGAGAUUCAGCAUUAUAUGCAAGAACAAUAUUUAAUAUGCUUCAAAGAUCACAAUAA